CUUGAGGCUUUCAGCUGUUUGAGGCGUUACCGCUACGCAUCUUGCGCGCAUAUUUUGCCUCGUGGCCCCAUCAAAUUGCAGCCGGCCUGUGCAAUGAGCCAGGUGCUCCAUUGGUUUGGCGUUGAUUCUCGGUCGUUCCAGUGCACCUUCUCAGGGCCGAGCAGCAAGACCACCAGCGGAAAGAGCGGCAAAUCCUAACCAGCGCAUUCAAUGUUCCCAGCUGUGUCUGACAGCUCAACUUCUGGAUGAAUUGUCCGGCGGCGGUGAUGCUGCUGUGCCAGACGUCUUUGAGCGAGCAAUCAUUGCGGAUGCUUAUGGGCUCUACAAAGUGUCUGUUGAAGGUACGGGCCAUGUCCCCGCUAUUUACAUUUGGGAAUGCCUUUCCUGCACUGCAAGAUCGAUGAUCUUUUUUCGCUGACCGACCUACAAUGGGGGAGUGGCAAGGGACGACUGUUUGCCUCACAAGUUCAACAAGCUCUGUUCUCGGCUGCUGCUGCUGCUGUCAUGAGGUCUGGCGGCAAGCGACGUUCAUUCCCCUGCAACCAGUGCCCCUUUGUGGCGACCGACCGGGUCGGGCACGAGCGGCACCAGCGCACGCACACGGGGGAGCAGCCAUUUGCGUGCCCGCUGUGCGGCCGCCGCUUCAACCACAAGUCCAACAUGGCGACACACAUGCGCCGGCACACGGGUGAGAAGCCGUUCCCGUGCGACGCAUGCGGCCGCCAGUUUGGCUUCAAGGUGGCGCUCGUGAAGCACAUGCAAGAAGAGCACGGCACCGAGCCACUCAGGUGCGUCAUCUGCUCGGCGGUGUUUGCCAGCCAGGGCGGACUGGACGCGCAUUCCAGGGGCCACACCGAGGAGCCCCGGUUCCUGUGCAGCCUGUGCAUGCGUCCCUUCAAGCACAAGCGCAACCUGGCACGCCACAUGGAGCUCCACGCCUGGGAGGAGAGGCAGCGAGCCGGCGGCCACAGUCGGCCACCGGUCUACGAGGACUGAGCCGUCUUCCGAUGGGUCUGGGUUCAUUUAUUUUCUGUUCCCUAAGGAUGGCUGUUCUGGCAUAUGGGUGCACACCCAUCCCGAGUAGCAUUGAUGAUACAAGUAAAUCAAGUAUACAGCUAUAUCACAACAAAACAAACAUCUCACUUCAUAACGCCAUUUUAUGUCAGGUUAAGCUGCAGUAAAACCUCGUUAAUACACAACG